AUGGGUAAUAAACUGUCACCCCUUUUGGCUAAUGUGUUCAUGAGCGAUUUUGAAGUGGAUUUAGAAAAAGAGAGACUUUUCCCUCGUGUUUGGUGGAGGUAUGUUGACGAUAUUUUUGCCACUGUGAAAGAACGACAUCUAGCACAAACACUUGAGUUGUUGAACUCCGAACAUACUUCAAUAAAGUUCACGGUGGAGAAAGAGUCGGAAGGAAAACUCCCUUUCCUGGACUUAACUAUUACCAGGAAAGAGGACAAUUCCGUAAAGUUCAGCGUUUACCGAAAACCGACGUCAACCAACCGGUACAUCACAUGCGAUUCUAACCACUACGGCUCCCAAAAACAAGCCGCGUUUCAUUCGAUGGCACAUCGGUUAUACAGCAUACCGAUGGAGAUAGAGGAUUUCGAAGCAGAAAGGAAGAAAAUCCAUGAAGCGGCCGAUUUAAAUGGUUACGAUGAAGAGUUCGUGAACAAAAUUCUCCGGAAACAUGAAAGGAAAAGACAUCGACGAAACGCUACAACAUUAGAACCAGAGAAGGAGGAGAUUAAAAGAAUAAGUUUACCGUUCUUUCCAAAACUGACCAACACAAUUCAAAACGAUCUGAAGCAACAUGGAUUUCGGACAGCGUAUAAGAGUAAUCAUACGCUGAAGGACCUCUUAUGUUCUUUGAAAGAUAAAAUUCCGAGAGACGAAAUGUCAGGCAUCUACGAGAUCCCAUGUAAAAGUUGCCCUGCAAUAUACAUUGGCCAAACCCGCAGGAAAUUUAAAGUCCGAUUAAAAGAACAUAAAAACGCUGUUGACAACGAUAGACCCAACGAAUCCAGCGUGGCCGUCCAUUCUAAGGAGAACAACCAUGUGAUAGACUGGGAUAACGCAAAACUGAAAAAAUGUGUCAGAAAACCUUCACAUUUGAACGCUUGGGAAUCUAUGUUCAUCGAGACUGCUGAAAAGCCACUGAUGAACGAAGAUGAUGCCCCAAUAACUUCUGCCUUAUUCCAAUUGACGAAACAGAAGAUAAUUUAA